AAGCACUGUAAAGUGAAGCACUGUAAAGCGAAGCACUGUAAAGCGAAGCACUGUAAAGUGAAGCACUGUAAAGUGAAGCACUGUAAAGCGAAGCACUGUAAAGCGAAGCACUGUAAAGCGAAGCACUGUAAAGCGAAGCACUGUAAAGCGGGCCUGCCUAAUAGCUAGGUACAAUAGGUACAGCCUCUUUAAUAUGACAUGCAAAAAAUGUGGAUUUUACUUGUGCACUUGCAGUGGGCUCAUUAGUAUGGAUUCUUUUCAGGAAUUAAGUCCAACCUCAUCCUGUGUAUCUCAUGAAGAAGCAUGUAAGAAAGAAGUUAAAGUAAGGAAAGAGUGUCCAGUAAAAACCUUUGAGCUUUGACCAAUGAAGUUAAGAUCUAGCCCCCAAAAAAGAAAAUUGGAAAGUCCUGAGUGUGAAAAUGAAAGUCUAACUAAAGCAAAGAGGGUUCUACAGCAGGACGGAACAAAAAAGCAAGUUGAAAAUGAAAUUUUAGAAUUGUAUCAGCUGCUGGACAAAAUUAAUAAAAGUCCACUGCAGGAGAAUAAAGUAAAAAAAAAAUUACAGAGGAAAUGCGAGUUGCAGAAACCUAGAACUAAGGUCAUCGAUGACAGUUUUGAUGUGGUUCCAAUUAUAAACAAGGUGCCUGAGUUUGCCCACCGUGGGGAUGUGGUACGGAAGAAGGCUGACCGUAAGCAGUUAGCAGGUUGGCAGUGCCAUGAAUGUGAAAAAUGGUAUGAAGCACAUCCAGACCCAGAAGAAAAAAAGAUGAUGAUGAACAAAUGUUCCCGACACCGCAGCAGGCAUAACCUAGUAGUAAAUACACCGGAAAAUUUUUGGGACCUGCAUUGGAUUGAUUAGUGUAAGACUAUGAUACACCAAAUAAUUACCUAGAAUGGAUUCCAUUCCAGAUUUGUGCCACUAUUAUUUUUAUAUUUUCUGGUGUUCUUUGAGUACUUGUUACUGUUAUUCUUAGAUGUGAUUGUCCCUUUCUUUCUUUCUUUCUAGGCACAAUAGAGCAUUUUCAGUUUUCAAUCUUUUAUGACUAACUCAUAUUUAUUACUCUGGGAGCAUUUGCCUAGCAUCUUUUUCUUUUUUUCUUCGUACAUUGGUGCAGAUACUACUAAUGCACAUUCAAAUUUUGGUCAGAUGUGUCAAUUUUUUCUUGUAGCAUUACACUUUUCACAUAUCAGAGUCAUUUUGAAAUUUACCUGUGUAUUAUAUGAGUUUUUCACAAGUAUAUUUAUGUGAUGUAAGGGCAGUCUUUAGUCUUAAUUAUUGUUAGGUCCCACUCUGUCCAACC